AUCACGUGAUAGUUGUAGGUUUACUGUUUACAUUCAAAUUUACUUCCUUAAUUCGAUUGUUCAAAGUUAUGUGAAAAUGGAAUAAACAUGGGGGAAGGUUCAAGUAAAUACCCCAUUCUCAGCAAAACAUUUCCCAAAUUGAAUAAAUUAAAUGAGUUAUUCAAAACCUUCAACGAUGACUAUCAGAAAUUGGUGAACGAAUUUCUUAGAGAACAAGAAAAAACGCAUGCUGAAAAUAAAGAAUUAAAGCAUGAAGUUGUAAAACUACGCGAACAUUAUUCCAAAUUGCAGCAAACAAAACCAAACGAACCGAAUAAUACUUCUAAACCGAAGAUCUAUCGUGCAACCUCAGUUGAUGGAAAAUUGCUCAGUGAGUGCCUAGAUCAACAAACGAAUCUCGAAACUGAAAUAAAAAGUUUGCAGAAACAUCAGGAAAAACUCAAUCAAGAAAUAAAUAAACUGGAAAGAGAAAUACAGAUCCUUUCAAGUGAAAAAGAGAGUGCACUGUCAAGAUUGAGCAAAAUUGCUGGUAUUCAAUUAACAAAAGGAAACAGUGAAAUCGCUGACCUUAGUGAUGCUAAUAGACCAACUAAACUUGGUGAGAAAUGGUCCAGUUUGUAUACUGAUGAGUGGUCAGAGGCAUAUGAUGAAAUAACGAUGAAACGCACAAUAAAAAAUGAGAACUGCAGAGUAGAGAGAGAGCUAUUUGAAAUUGCGAAGAAAUGUUACACCACUUGCGUAGACCUAGAACGAAAACAGAUGACAGACAUAAAAAAGCAUGCAUGGGAUAUAGCCUGCUGUUUACAUCAACAGCCUGACCAAUUAGUUGAAGCAGCACAAACAACACUCUAUUUCAAGAUGGAAGAAGAGAAAAAGGUAAAUAAUGUUACUCAAAAUUAUCAAUUUUAG